UUAAAAAUAUGUAUUAGAAAUGACUCACACAUUAUAUAGAGUACACCACAUGAGAGGAUGGUGAGAAUCUUCUUGAUCAUCAUCAAAGGAUGCUGAAAAUAGAUUUAGGAAGAGUCAUGCUGCUUAAAAUGGAUUACAUGGUGUAAAUAUAUAUAUAUACUACACUUUUAGGCUCAAACUCCUAAAUAAUCACCUAGCCCCCUCGCUAUGAGCACACCGGUACAGGAAAUGCUUAUUUUUAUUCUCUGAAUGUCUAAUUUUGCACAAAUAGGCCAUCUCUGUAAAUGGCACGCAAUGUAUCACGACUUGGUGGAGACGCGCUGUUACGCAAAACCUUCACACAGACGUAAAAAGAAGAAGAACAAGAAAUACGCCACCUCUUUGGCCUCACUGAGAGAGAGAGAGAGAAAAAAGAAAACACGGAAGAGGAGGAGAGGCUUCGCUUGUGCUUUAUGUAUAAAUAUAUCGCCAGACAUUAUGGUGUGGAUGGAGGCUGCACGGUAUGCGCACAAACAAAAGCAGAUAACGCACGCUGAAAGCGCAUUAAUAGUUCCGCCUCGGGGCUGCUUAAACAGGAGUUUGGUGGCGACCAGCCAGCCAGCGGCAGGUCACAUGUUGCAGCGUCAUUGUGUAGUAAAGUUACUGUAGUUGCAAGGAGGCUCCUCAUUUCAGCUCCAGAGGUCUCUCAUCCCGUGCUGCUGCUGCUGCUGCUGCUGCGCCCGGUGCUGCUGCUGCGGCGUUUCGGCAUGCGACAACUUCACAGUUUCAGACGAUCUCCAAAGAAGCCGUGCAGCCAUGGGAGUGCAUUACCUCAUCCAUGCAAUUUCCACCAUCAAUAAUUUAAUCUAUUUGCUCCAAAGCUGAAGAGAUAUCCUGAAGCUUGUCGGGAGAGUACACAGAGAGAGGGAGAGAGAGAGAGAGAGAGAGAGAAAGAGAAACAGAGAGAGAGAGAGACGGGGAAAAAAUAUCGCUUAAGUAAAUUUACUCAGGGAGUUGUCCAAAACAUCCCAGAUGACACUACUGUCCUGUUGAAUGGUCUGUUUUACGACUGGGCAGUAAAAGUUCCACCAGGUUAGAAGAGUGAUGACCAUCCUGUUCCUUACUAUGGUUAUUUCAUACUUCAGUUGCAUGAGAGCUGCGCCCCUGAGAGACGCCCCGGGCAUGCGGGGCCAUCGGACGGAAGGCUACUUGGGCGCCGCUGCGACGGCCGCACGAGGCCAUGGGACUCCACAGAGCAGUGGUGGGCCAGGCCAGCGCGGGGAACUGCCCUCACUCACAGACACGUUUGAGCAGGUGAUAGAGGAGCUGCUGGAGGUGGAGGGAGAGGCGGCACAGCUGGGACAGGGGGCUGAUAAGAGCCAGGGAGGUGGGGGCCCAUCCUCUUUGGUCACCACAGAGACCAAGGAUGUCGACCUGUACGACUCGCGGGUGAUGAUCAGCAACCAAGUGCCUUUGGAGCCGCCGUUGCUCUUUCUUCUGGAGGAAUACAAAAACUAUCUGGAUGCCGCUAAUAUGUCCAUGAGGGUGCGGCGACACUCCGAUCCCUCGCGGCGCGGAGAGCUCAGUGUGUGUGACAGUAUUAGCCAGUGGGUGACAGCUGUGGAUAAAAAGACGGCAAUAGACAUGUCUGGGCAGACAGUUACCGUCAUGGAAAAGGUCCCUGUCCCCAAUGGCCAACUGAAGCAAUACUUUUAUGAGACCAAAUGCAACCCCAUGGGGUACACAAAGGAGGGCUGCAGAGGAAUAGACAAGCGGCAUUAUAAUUCCCAAUGCAGGACAACCCAGUCCUACGUGCGAGCACUCACCAUGGAUAGCAAAAAGAAGAUUGGCUGGCGGUUUAUAAGGAUAGACACUUCAUGUGUAUGCACAUUGACCAUUAAAAGAGGGAGAUAGUGUAUAAAAUGUAUAGAUUUUAUUGAAGAGUUUAAAAAAGAGAAUAAAGAGAAAAUAUCUAUUUGUAUAUAUACAUAACAGGGUAAAUUAUUCCGUCAAAUGAAAAUUUUAUGGACUGCAUGUAAAAAAAGAUGAAGUUUAUACAGUAAAAGUGAUACUACAGUCUAUUUAUUGAACAUAUUCAUGACCUUGUAAACAAUUAAAAAAAAUCUGAUCAGUCAUUUGCGCCCAGUUUAAAUUACUAUAUCACAUUCCUCAAGACAUUGUGAUUUGUUUACGUUGCCAAGAAUUAGAAAAAAUGAAGGAAAAAAAAAACAGGCAAGGAAUGAGAGAGGACAGUUCCAUCUUCAAAAGCUUGCAUGCUGCUUCAAUUGUGAAUCGAGAAAUUCUCCACUUACAACAAAAAAGGAUAUGAUGCUGACCAAAAAACAUUCCGUUUACAUAUUCAGCAGAAAAACAACAACUUUCCUCUCAAGUAAUUUAUCUGUUUACUGUUCUAAACUUCUCAAGGUAAUGUUGGAAUUACAUACUAUGUCAAGGUGCUGUUGUCAAAGCUUUGCUGUUUAUUUUUUUAUCCCACCAGAG